AAAACUUUCUAAAUCUGAACUACAAGAGUUUAAAAGAGCAUUAGAAACUGAAGCUACUUGGCGUUUGGAUAAAGAAGUUCUAGCAGUUUAUCAUAUUCAUUGUGAAAAAAAAACGAUUAAUGAAAGUUUUAUUUGUGAUGAGUGUGAUAAAUUAACAAAAAAUAAACGCCUAAAAGAAGCAAUAAACAAGAGACAUGCAGUAAAUAAUACUAUCAAGUAUAUCCCUCAUCACUAUUAUAAAAACCAUUUAUCUGACCUUCAAGAAAUACUCAAAAAUCCAAACCUACAAUCAGUUUGGGUUGCCGCAAAUAGUGAAAAUAAUGAUGCAGCCUUUUGGUCUAAGGUAUCUCAACUUGGUUUAAGUGGAGCAUUUGAUAGGGAACAUACUUUUGUUGAACUUAUAAAUUUAAUGGUAAAAAUAAAUGAAAAAAAAUCACAAAAUAAAAAAUUAAAUGGAUUACGAUACUCUCAACAUUUAGUUCAUUUUUUCAGUUUAUUAUCAGAAAGUUCCAGAGAAUAUGAAAUUUUUAAAAAAGCAUUUUCUGGUCUUUCAAUACAAAGAAUAAGACAAAUUCGCAAAACAGAUUCUAGUGUAGUUACCAACCCUGAUUUGAUAUUAGACAAUUUUAUGAAGUUUGCAGAACUUGUCUCAAGUAUUAAUUGGAAUGGACCCAUUAUAGAUCUUAACUAUAUAACUGGAUCAACCUUGCCACAUGAUGAAACAACAAUUUCUUCAAUUGAUGAUAUACAUCCAAAAAUAAAUUAUAUUUUACAAAAUGAUGCAGUUGCUACACAAGUUCGUGCUAUUGCAUUAAAGGUUCCUAUUGGUAAAGUUCCACCAAUGAUAGUAGCAAUGUUGCCAACAAAAGGUGAUGAAUCUGCUGAUCAAAUUUCAAAUUUGUUACGUGAAGUAAUUGAAUUAGCAAAUGUUGCAAAUUUAAAUAUAUUAAGUUUUGGAUCAGAUGGAGCUAGAUCUGAAUUCAAUGCACAAUCAAUCAUUAUGAAUGAAGCAUCUGGUUUUCUUGAAUAUAAAGAUGCUUUCUAUAAUAUAAAUUUCAAAGCUCCAAUUUAUGAAGGUAAACCAUUUAUUAGAGUCCAAGACCCCAAACAUGCCAAAAAAACUGCAAGAAACCAAAUACAUACUGACAAACAAGAUGAUAAUGCAGCCUUACGCACCUUUCAUUCAAAUAAUUUAAUGCAAAUUCCAGUUAAUGGCAACUUAACUGAAGAAUCUAUUGGACUUUUUGUAUAUCUUUUUGUGUUAGGUGAAUUAUGUGAUGCCUAUCUAAAUAGAACUAUUGAUCACAAAACACGUAUUGAAAUGGUAUUGUGUGCUUAUUUUUUUCUAAAUACAUGGAAGAAUUAUAUUGAAUGUUGUAGCAUUCAUUAUUCAAAGAAAUGGUAUAGUUUACAGAAAAGCUUUAUCUCAAUCCAAAGUUAUGAUAUUUUUAUUAGCAUGGCAGAGUCUUUAAUUAUGCUUAUUAUUGCACAUCGUGAAUAUUACUCUCUGUUUCCCUUGUUUCCAUGGGAACAUGGAACUGAGGGAUUGGAACAUAUUUUUGGAAUUUCUAGAAGAAUACUUCCUGAUUUUAAUUUUAAUGAGUUUUUUAAAAUACAACAAAGGGUUUCAUAUCGUGAUAAAAUUGCUCGAGCAGGAAUAAUAGAUACCAGUAGAGAUCGUAAUUCAGCAGCAGGCUAUGUUUUUGACAUAGAUGGCACUUCAUUACCUCAUGAAACAAUUGAAAUACUUCACACUUGGCCUACUACUGAUGAUAUCAAAGAAUCUACUGUAAUUGCAUUUAAUGAAGCCAUGUUCUUAGCAAACUACCUUCAUAUAAAGCAUAAUGAAUACACAAUCCCACCAAUUAUUACAUCCACAGAAAAUAUGAAUAAUGCUUUUUCAGAAGAUAAUGGAGAUCAAUAUUGUGAAAUAAAUGACUCUUCCAAUGAAUUAAAUUUAGAAUCUAUAUCACUAACUGGUAAUGCAGCUUUGGAAAAUUCUCAAGUUGUUCCUGUUGCAUUUCAACCAUUUCAAUUAUUCAUUGAAAAUAAUGUUUUAGAUAUUACAGCUAUUUUAGAAAUUCGUAAAAGUCAUGAUGCAUUUUCUCAUAAUCUUCAAUCUAAUUUUACUAAUUCACAACAAAUAAUAAAUACAAAUAAUAGUGCUACAAAUGGGAACACUUUUAAUAGAAUUAUUACAGAAAUAACAGCAAACAAUGUUAAUGAAGUUCAAAGAGGACAACGUCAGGAUUGA